GCGGCGCCAUGAUCCUCUCCGUGAAGGAGCUGACGCAGUGGCUGGGCCUGACGCCGUUCGAGAUCUGGCUGCACCUGGCCGCCGCGCUGGUGUUCUGCGUGCUGGUGGUGCUGCGCGACCUGUUCCCCGACACCAUCACCUGGUGGCACGCCAUGGCGCCGCUAUUUGUGUGUGAUGCGCUCUCGGCCUACUUCUGCGUCAUCAUGCUGAUCCGCACGUACAUCGACGGAUGGUACAAGCCGGCCGCCAUGCGCGCCCUCUGGAGCUUCUUCGUGCUGGCGCUGAUGUUCACGUUCAAGUACUUGUUGGUGCGCAAGUUGACGGACAACAUCGGGUUCGAGUAUUCUGAGGUGAUGGCUCCGCUGUUUGUGAUCCUGAACAUGGUCAUGGUGCGAGCAUGCCAGCUGUGAACUCGUUACGACAUAUUGUGCGCAUUGAUCGCUGAUGCGCAAUGAUCGAUGACGCCGGCAUGCCGUGUGCGAUCUCGGAGUGACCAGUGGGUGGCGAUGAGGUGGCGCCCGCCGGUCCGGCGCCGAGGCGAGACUGGCGGAGCUGGCGGGGUCGGCGCGCGCGGCCCGUGACCGCGCCGUCGGCGACGGGGCCGGGACUGGGACGCAGGCGCGGCUCGGGCACGGGCUCGCCGCCAGUGUGAUCCGCCGAUGCGAAGGUUGUGCCCGCCGCAGCGCCGCGUGUGAGUGCGGCUUUCUAGUGGGACGAACUCCCUACGUCAGGAAUCGGGGACGAUUGCGUGCGGCGAACACGAAUCAUUGGGGAGAUCAGAUGUCGAAUGAUGGCUGCACGAUUGAAUGGAUUGCUGUGACGUGGUAUGUCCAGCUCCCAGCCCAGCUGGCUUACUACACAGGUUCCAUGUGCGUCGCACGGGUGGAGAUGCGCGUGAUGUAUGGUUUGGUACUAACAGCGACAUCUUGAGAAAGUGCGUGCACCAUCUCGCAACGCACACGUCAUAUUUUUGUUGCGCUGACGUGUUUUGUCCUCAUGUGAUACUUUGGUUCUAAGUCGUCCACUCAAGAAUAGGUAACCAGGGGUGCAAAGCAUUUGGUGUGCACAAAACAUGAGUGAAACACAUGUUGCCCUGCCUAGAACCGCUCUGUCCAAUGUAAUGUGUGACGAAAUGCAUUAUACACCAUACA